CUCUCUGUCCCCCACAGGUCUGGCCCCCGGACUUUGCUGGGGAAGAGUCUGAGAGGAGAGUCUGCCUGGGCCAUAGGUGUGUCAGGAGGGGGAGCUGGGCGAGGGGAGGAGCAGAUCUCUGGGACUGGCGCAUGUUGGGAAUGGAGCUCAGUCUCCCUCCAGAGGCAGCUCCCCAGGACACCUCUCACCACAGCCCUUGGGCCCUGGGGGCUUGGGGGUUAGAAAGAUUAAGGGAAUUAAUGUGGGGGAGUGUCUGGAAGCAGAGCUAAGGAGCCAGGGUUGGAAAGUGAGAACUCGGGUAGUCUCCCUCUGGAGCCCCAGCAAUCUUCUUCUCCCCACCUCACCCAGAUGACAGGCGUUGUUGCGCCCUUUGCCCCAUGGACCCCCUGAGGCGAUCCCCCUCUCCCUGCUCAUCAAGGGCCUCCAGCCCCAGGACCCCGCCCUGUGAGAUGCUUGGUUUCGUGGGCAUUGAGGCCGUGCUGGACCAACUGAAGAUCAAGGCCAUGAAGAUGGGUUUUGAGUUCAACAUCAUGGUGGUGGGGCAGAGUGGGCUGGGCAAGUCCACGAUGGUGAACACACUCUUCAAGUCCAAGAUGUGGAAGUCCACCCCACCAGGCCUGGGGCAGGGGCCCAUGCCCCAGACGCUACAGCUGCACUCGGUGACCCAUGUCAUCGAGGAGAAGGGUCUGAAGCUCAAGCUGACUGUGACCGACACACCUGGCUUCGGGGACCAGAUCAACAACGACAAGUGCUGGGACCCCAUCCUGGGCUACAUCAAUGAACAGUAUGAGCAGUACCUGCAGGAAGAGAUCCUCAUCACCCGCCAGCGUUACAUCCCCGACACCCGGGUGCACUGCUGUAUAUACUUCGUGCCGCCCACUGGGCACUGCCUGCGGCCCCUGGACAUCGAGUUCCUGCAGCGGCUAUGCCGGACUGUGAACGUGGUGCCCGUGAUCGCCCGGGCGGACAGCCUGACCAUUGAGGAGCGAGAGAACUUCAGGCGCAGGAUCCAGCACAACCUGAAGACUCACUGCAUCGAUGUAUACCCACAGAAGUGCUUCGAUGAGGACAUCAGUGACAAGAUCCUCAACAGCAAGAUCCGGGACCGGAUUCCCUUUGCUGUGGUCGGGGCUGACAGAGAGCACUUGGUGAAUGGGAAGUGUGUGUUGGGCCGGAAGACGAAGUGGGGCAUUAUUGAAGUGGAGAACAUGGCGCACUGUGAGUUCGCCCUCCUGAGAGACCUGCUCAUCCGCUCCCACCUCCAAGACCUGAAGGACAUCACCCACAAUGUCCACUAUGAAAACUACCGUGUCUGCAGACUCAACGAAAGCCACAUGCUGCCCCGUGGGCCCGGCUGGGUGAACCUGGCCCCGGCACCCCCCAGUGUCCCAACCACCCCUGGGCCCUCGAAGGCUCGCCAGAAGGUCCACAACAAUUUCACAGAGGAGUGGUGAGCACAGGCACAGCCCAGGCCCCUGGGAUUCCCCAAGAACUCAGCAGCCCCCCCAACACACACCUGUGUACCAGAGCAUGUAUUAAAUAAAGGUGGACAUUGCUUUUUAUGAAAA